AUGGACGCCUCAACCUUCCCCAUCAUGCUGAAUCUUUCCUCCCAAAUUCCGUUACCACUCCCUCCAGAUCACAAGUUGCUCUUCAAACACGGUCCGAGUCACGCCCCUGCAGCAAUCCCAGGCCUUGCUCACAACCUCACGAAUCCCUCGCUUCUCAAAACAUUUGCCAGGGAGAUGAAUGGACCAACGCUUAAGAAGGAACCCUCGCUCCUGGAGAAGCAUUUCCUAGAGCAGCAACAGCAGCGCAUGAACCUGAAGAGGAAGAACGAGGAGCAAACGGAGAAAGAACAACAGAAAGAGCCACAAACACAAACACAAACACAACAGCAACAACAGCCAUCAUCACAAGAUUCUGCUAGGUCCUCGUCUACGCCAUCUGCGAGCGAAUCUAGCGCCGACACCAAAGUACCACCUCCCUCCGCGUCACCAGACGCUGCCAACCAACACCUAUUUGACCUCGGCGGCGAUCACCCAGCCUUCGCUGACCCCAAGUACGUCCAGAUGGUCUCCCGGAUGGCAUCAUUUUACCAGCAGAGGUGCCAGGCGAUCCUCAACUAUCAACAACAAAGAUGCCAGACGUGGGCUACCGGUCACAGGCAGAAAUGCCAGGAGAUGAUGCAGUCCGCCAUGCUUGUCGUGGCAUGGUACAUUCGGGACCGGAUAGGGCGGAGGAGGCGCAAGAGCAAGCGGGCUUUCCGCCGUGGUCUGCGCGAGAAGAACACCGCCGCUGCCAUGAGACGAGUACCGAAGGGUGAGGUUGUCCGCAAGUGGGUUAUGAACAUUCCCGAUGCUGCGCUGUCGCCCAACAAUGGCAUGAGGGAUGAUGCAAAACUUGACAUGGAGGAGAGAGAAUUCGACGUUGAGAAGGAGGUCACUCCCGACAAGGACAGUCAGCUAUUCUCUGUCGCGGACCAGAUGAUCAAGUCCCAGCUGGCCAAGAUCGACAUCCCUCUAUUGGGGGCGUUGAAUCUAGACGACAGCGACAGUGAGACUGAUGAUGACGACGACAUGGGGCGCUUCCGCUAUGCGCCCGAGGACUACGAGCUAGAGGAUGAUGGUGAAGACGAUGGGGACUACGACGACGACGACGACGACGAUAUCGACUAUGAAGAUGAGACCCAGGAGCCUGCUGAGGACGAGAUCUCCCAGGAGGCACUCAACGGAACCGGAAAGGGGUCGCUGAAGAGGAAGCGCAGCGACAGUGAUAGCGACAUGGAACAGGUUGAGGUGACCGUACCAGAGCCAAAGCGCCGUCUCGCAAUCUAA